UGUCUGCAAAUACGUAAAGAAAGUUUGAAAAUUUAUAGAAAACAAAAUGGCUUUUGGAAGAGAAGUUGCAGUUACCAUUACUUUUGUAGUUUUGGGAAUGCGAUGUUUGCUUGUGCUGGGAGGCAUGGAAUGUGAAACGCUGCCGGUAGAAUUGUGCGCUUUCUCUGUGUCAUCGACUGGUUUUCGCUGUAUUCUUGAGAAGAAUUACUCACCGGCCGAAACAUCAUCAUUAUACCAAUGCAAGUCGUCGGCCAUCAUGGCGGAGGAGAUGAGAGAAUGGAUUGAGAGUGAAGAGUGUGUGGAAACUUGUGGGUUGCACAGAAUGAGCGUGGGCAUGUCGACUGAUGAACUUAACGAAUAUUCUGAAUUCUCUUAUAAAUUGUGCUCAGACAAGUGCCUAACUAGUUGCCCUAACGUUGUGGAUCUAUACCUCACUCUUGCUGCAGAAGAAGGAAUAUAUUUACCACAUUUAUGUGAAGCUCACAACAAAUAUAGUAGAAGAAUAGCAUUCCAAUUUCAGAAAGGAAAAGCGAAUGGGAAUGGAAAUGGAAAUGGAAAUGAUAUUGAUAAUGAGAAUGAGCGUGAGAGUGAGGAUGGCCCUGCACCUGCACCAGGACCCACUGCUCCUGCACCCAAUGAAGGCAUAGAUUAAGGCCACAUUUUUUUAUUUUAUAUCUAAUUAGAAAUGUGUCAAUGAUAUUAAUGUAUUGAUAGAGUAGGAGAUAUUUGUCAAAUUUAUAAUAUUGAUGUAUCGAUAGAAUAGUAGUUGCUACUGAUAUUUAUAAUCCUUUGCUUCAAUGAUGAUAGCAUGAAUUUAAUGCUU